ACAAACAAAACCUACAGGCCUAUACCUCUCAUAUGUCCUGACAUAGUUAUGCUUUGCAGAAUAUGUUAAAGAUCACUGGGACGAGGAUGAGUUCUUUGCCUACCAGUUCCUGAAUGGCCUCAACCCCAUGGUGAUCCAGCAAUGCUCAAAGCUGCCAGACAACUUCCCUGUUACUGAGGAGAUGGUCAAAGACUCCUUGUAUGGAAACACCUUGGAGCACGAAAUGAAGAAAGGGAACAUCUUCCUGUGCGACUACAAGAUGCUGGACAAACUAAUAGGAAAUGUGGUGGACGAUGAACAGCAGUACCUCACAGCUCCACUGGUGCUGCUGCACUGCAAUCAUCAUGGAAAGAUGCUGCCCAUCGCCAUUCAGUUAAUGCAGACCCCUGGACUGGACAACCCCAUCUUCCUGCCCACCGACUCCAAGCAUGACUGGCUGCUGGCUAAGAUCUUUGUGCGGGCCUCAGAGUUUAGCGUGCACGAGGUGGACUUCCACCUGCUCAGAACUCACCUGCUGGCCGAGGUGUUCACCGUGGCAACCCUGCGACACCUCCCAUCUGUACACCCACUCUUCAAGGUAUUUAGACUAACAUGCAUGAUUUGA